AUAUGCUAUGAAAUACUAGUGUUGAAACUCAAUGAAAUAGUUUGUUUAGUUAUAUAAUGGGUGACGUGUGAAAUUGAUCAUUUAUUGGACCUACAUUCAUAAUUUUGGUCUAUAAAGUCCAAGCACCCGACAAGGAGUGUGUGCAUAAGCCUCUUCAAGCAUGUCUUCAAAAAUUUCUCAUUUCUUCUUGGUUUCUCUUGUUCUCUUUUUCUUUUGCUUUUUAGAGAAGAGCUUUGCCAUUGAAAGAACAUUGGAGGAAAGACACCAUCUUGUUCAAAUUAGCUCUCUCCUACCAUCAACUUCUUGCAGCUCUUCUACCAAAGGUACCAAAACAAAAGCAUCAUUAGAAGUGUUACACAAACAUGGGCCAUGUUCCCAAGUGAAUAAUGGAAAAGCAAAAAUUAUUCCAGCACACAGUGAUAUUCUUGAUCAUGACAAAGAAAGGGUGAAUUAUAUUCACUCCAAAUUAUUAUCAUCGAUUAAGAAUAAUAAUUUGGAGGGCUUGGAUUCUAAAUCUAAAUCAAUUAAGUCACGUAAAUCAGCUAACCUACCAGCUAAAUCUGGUAGCCUUAUUGGAUCAGGGAAUUAUUUUGUUGUUUUAGGGCUUGGAACUCCUAAAAAGGAUUUGUCACUUAUUUUUGACACUGGUAGUGAUCUCACUUGGACUCAAUGUCAACCUUGUGUUGGUUCUUGUUACAAGCAACAAGAUGAAAUUUAUGAUCCAACAAAGUCUACUUCUUAUUACAAUAUUACAUGCACUUCUUCAGAUUGCACUCAGCUCUCUUCAGCUACAGGAAAUGACCCCCGCUGUGCUAAAGUAUCAAAUGCAUGUGUAUAUGGCAUCCAAUAUGGUGACCAAUCCUUCUCAGUCGGAUACUUCAGCCGCGAACGGCUAAUCGUAAAUCCAACAGAUGCCAUUGAUAGUUUUUUAUUUGGUUGCGGCCAAGACAAUGAAGGCUUAUUCGGUGGCUCAGCCGGCCUAUUAGGCCUUGGUCGUCAUCCAAUCUCUUUCGUCCAACAAACAUCUCAAAAAUACCAAAAAACUUUCUCGUAUUGUCUUCCCUCCACAUCUAGCGGCGUUGGCCACCUCACAUUUGGCGCCUCCGAUAACAAGUACGUAAAAUACACUUCCUUCUCCACUGUCUCCCGGAGCAAUUCCUUCUACGGCCUUGACAUUGCCGGAAUCAGCGUUGGUGGAACCAAGCUUCCAAUCUCAUCCUCUAUUUUCUCCUCCGGUGGUGCCAUUAUCGACUCUGGUACCGUUAUUACACGGCUGCCUCCGACUGCCUAUGCUAGCCUCCGAGAUUCCUUCAAAAAAGGCAUGACGAAGUAUCCAGUUGCUCCAGCGGUUUCAAUUUUAGACACAUGUUAUGAUCUUAGCGGGUACAAGAUUGUUUCCAUUCCAAAGAUUAGUUUUUUCCUCGGAGGUGGUGUCACGGUGGAAAUAGCCGCGCCAGGGAUACUUUACGUGGCGAGUUUGAAGCAAGCUUGUUUGGCGUUUGCGCCAAAUGGAGAUGAUAGUGAUAUUACUAUCUUUGGAAAUGUGCAACAAAGAACAUUAGAGGUUGUUUAUGAUGUUGGUGGUGGUAAGAUUGGGUUUGGACCAAAUGGUUGCAAGUGAACAUAGUUUUGAAUAUUUUGAUCAACGAUUCAUUCUUAUUUGAACACAUACAUAUAUCCAAUUAAUCAAGCAAAAUGAAAAAUACAUUAAAACAAUUGUAUUUUGAGUUUUUGAUUGGUCAAGGUUAUAAUUAAAGUGUUCAUAUAAGAAUUUCUCUUGAUCAAUUGUUUUAUCUUAUAUAUGCUUUGGGCUAGUUAGGGGAAAGAAAUCUUUAUUGGCCCCUGCAUUUGUUAAUGUUAUUGCAACUAGUACUAAAUAAUCAUGUGGGGGUUUGAAAAGAAAAACAAAAAUAGAAAUGGAAAAUGUGGGAAACUUUGUGUUAUAUAGUGAGUGGUUGAAGAUGACUUUGUGGGCAAUGGUGAUAAGGUGUAAUAUAUAUUGAUUGAAGAGAAGGGACUAUAUUGAUGACUUUAAGAUGUAUAAUUGCUGGCAAUUGUUCAUAGAUGUGUAAUUUGAAACAAAUGUAAGCUUGUUUCUGUCAUUAAAGGUUUGUUGAAUAAAACCAGAUUUUCUUGUUUUGGAU